AUGGCACCAGCUCUCCCUCGUCCUCAGAACCCUCCCGCCGACCCUCGCGAGCCCCCCUCCACCCAUGGCCUCUUUCUGGAGCCCAUGAUGGGCACGCCCCUCGCCAUCUACGUUCAGAAGGACGUCGACGACAGGGACACCAUCGUCGACCUCAUUGUGCAAAACGGAGGCACCGUUUCGCAGGGAUACAGCGGCGUUCCGUACAUCCUAGUCGAUCCGCACAAGGAGUCCGGUCAGAACCUGUAUCGCCAGUACGCCGGGAAAAAAACGAAAAUCGUCCUCGACGCCCGCUGGGUGCACGAAUGCAUCCGCUCAGGGGCCCUGCAGACUUUCCAGACCAACUGGGCAGGCUGCAAGGUCACCGGCGCAGAAGAAGUUUUGCGCAUGGCGCCACCCCUACCGCCAACUACCGAAUCGCAGCCGCCACCACAGCCUCAACCGCAACCGCAACCCACGCACACGCGUGCCCCGGUGUCGACACAGCCGCAACAACCUCCCCCGCCACCCCCACCGGCCCCCGCCCCGAUCCUCUCCCAAACCAUCCCCGGCACAGAUGUCUUCCAAGCGCAGAUCCCUCCAGGCAUGGCCCCGGUCGCACCGCCGGACAGCAUCCAGCCGGGCGAGCAGCCCUAUCCCUACCAACCGUACCCGGGCCACAUCCACGCCGCCCCGCGCACACUGCACACGCCCGCCACGGCGCCGCCGCAGUCGUGGCAAGCCGCGAACGGCAUCGCGCCGGAGCAGACCCAGGCGCACCCGCACAUCCCGCCGCAGGGCCCGCCGCAGAUGCUCCCACGCAAUGCGUAUCGCGAGCAGCAGCCGUGGGAGGGCGCAUAUCCUGCCGCGCCGCCGCCUCCGCCGCCGCCCCCGCAGUACGACUAUCGCGGUUUCCGGGAGGAGCAGGCGCAGUGGGUCGGCCCUUCGAGCGAGUAUUAUGAGACUUCGUACGACCAGGGUUAUGACCACACGUACAUCAACGAAGCGGGGCCAUCGAAUCAGGAUCCUCCUACCGAUCCGGGAGAAGGUUCAGACGCGCCACGAGGGCGCAAGCGGACGAGAGCUCAGCCUGCGCCCGCACCGCCCGCAUCUACGCUGGUGAUGAACCGCCAUAAUCCGCAGGCGCGUUCGCCGACGCCCCCGAGCCGCGUCAUCAAGAGCACGUACGGAGGUAACCUGUUCACCGCGGAUGACGUGCUGUAUCUCAAGAAGUACAUCGACUACUGCCAGGAACAAGGUUUGGUGCUCAGUCUGCGCGAGAUAUGCGAGCGAGUCGCUGUCAAGGCUCGAUCGCCUUUUGACGUCUGCAUUAGCUUCUACUCGUGGCGCCGGUAUUGCAACAAGCAUCAGAUCAAGCUCGGCGGGUACGCCAUGAGCAUGACCAGGAUGAGCGACGACGCAGACGACGCGCUCGACAACGAGCAGCGCAUCAUGGCGGGCCCCGGCCCCGGCGCCAUCUCAGCGGCGAAAGCACGCGUGAUGGCGGAAGGCCCGGUGCAGCGCACGCGCUCGCCCACGCCGCCGCGCGCCUUGUAUCGAAGCACGACCGGAAAAGGCGUCGCGUUUACGGACGAGGACGUGACGUUCCUGAUUCGUCUGCUCGAGUUCCGAAAGUCCCAAGGAAAGUUGGAUAUGGUCGCGUUCUGGAAGGAGAUGGCAACGAAGGCUCCUCACCACUCGCGGGCAUCUUGGAUGAAGUUUUACCGAAGGCACAAGCACGAGCUGAACCACACGGAGGAAGACGAGCCGCUGCCGCAGCCGCCCGAGAAGAAAAUGCGCUAUAGCCGGGCGGACGACAUUUUGCUCGCCAAGUUUUUCUACACCAAGCCCGAGGGGACCUCGGACAAGAUCUUCCAGGCGUUCGGGCGCGUCCAUCCGCAUCAUCCGUGGAAGGGGUGGCAAGAACACCACCGGAUCCACAAGGCGAAGAUCGACCACCUCAUCCAGCGCCUCUCGAACGGUGAGGUCAUCGAAGACACGGAGACCGCGGGCGAGCAAUCGUAG